AUGCAGCAUCUCACCAGCGCAGCCCGCAGCGCAUGCCGUGUGCCUGCAGGGGCCGCGCUCGCACGGCAGCAGCGCCUAUACUCCACGCCGCGCGACGAGACACCACCGCACUCGCCCGCGCCGAGCUCGGGCGAGAGCUCGCUCGGCAAGGCGUCCGCCUCCUCCGCCGCUGCCUCCUCCUCUUCCUCUGCAGCGCCAGCUCCAGCGCAGGCGCAGGCGCCCAAGCCUGACUUCUCGCAGUCGACGUCUACCGCCGCAGCCGCGGCCAACCUCCAGCCGCUGCCCUUUCUCUCGCACCCGCUCGGCGUGCCGGAGCGUCCUUCCAACCGCAAGCUCACCUGGUCCGAGGUGCGCAGCAGGGCUCUGGAUCGCGACAGGCGGUUGCAGGUGCGCCAGAACAUCGUCAAGGAAGCGACGCAGGGCUACUUCCACGACUUCCACAAGCUGCGCUCGCACGGCGGCAAGACAUGGCGUGCGCCGGGAACGCUGAUCAGAGACGAUCGAUCGCUGUACUUCCCGCUCAUGUCGGGCACGCGUCUCGCCGACGGCAAGGAGAUCGACACGGCCCAGCUGCUACCGGGCAAGGUCAGCAUCGUCGCGAUCCUGACAAGUGCCGUCUCUGAGGAACACACGAAGAGCUUCUACACGGCGGCGUUUGAGGCGCACGGGUCACACCCCGCGUUUCAGCUGGUCCAGAUCAACUUGCAAGAGAACCGCCUCAAGAGCGUGCUCGUGCGCAUGUUCCUGAGUUCGCUGCGCCAGAAGAUCGCCCCGCCGCUGGCAGAGACGUACAUGCUCUGCGCGCAGUCGAUGGACCUGCAGCGCGAGGCCAUCGGCCUGCACAACAAGCACGUCGGAUACACGUACCUCGUGGGCCCCGACGGGCUUAUUCGCUGGGCUGGCGGCGCAUUCGCCGAGCCGAGCGAGCAGCAGGCUCUGGUCGCAUGCACGGGCGUGCUGCUCGGCAGACUAGACGGCGCUCAAUCAAAGAAGUGA